GUAGUAUUCCUCCCAUUUCCUCCGUCUACCUGAUCUAAUGUUAACACGAGCUUCGAAGGUCUUAGCGCAGAUAAACGCUUGCCGUAGCUUCUGAAUUCUGAAGGUUACAUUGUUUCGCAGAUGUUUUACAGCUGUUGCAGGAGCUGCUGGCAUUGUUAACAUUUACCAGAGGGAGAAGGUCUUCAGAGAUUCUGGGAAAAAAUGCCUCAUCGAAAGAAGAAAUCAUUUAUUGAGAAGAAGAAAGCUGUGACCUUUCACCUCGUCCACAGAAGUCAGAGGGACCCUCUGGCUGCAGAUGAGAAAGCUCCACAGCAUGUCCUCCUGCCUGCUGCAAAUGUGGAUGCAGAGAAGAUGCGUGAAGAGCAGAGACAAUUUGGUGUUUUCUUCGAUGAUGAUUACGACUACCUGCAGCACCUCAAGGAGGCAUCAGGCCCCACAGAGCUGGUAGCCGCCGGACCUUCAUACUUUGACAGUGGAUCCUCUGAUUUCAGGGAUGAAGAGGAGGAAAACAAGGUGGAAACUGUGAGCAAGGACAUUCCUGAAGCUACAAUCCACCUGCCAUCUUCAGUGUUUGCCUCGGAGUUUGAAGAAGAUGUAGGACUUCUGAACAAAGCUGCUCCUGUUUCAGGCCCCCGACUGGACAUGGAUCCUGAUAUUGUAGCUGCUUUAGAUGAAGACUUUGACUACAACAACCCCGACAACAUGCUGGAGGAUGACUUCAUGCUCAAAGCCAACCGUGCAGAUGGAGCUCUGGAUGCAGAAGGAUGCUACGAUGAUGAAGAUGAGUGGGAGGACACAGACGAGGAGGGCGACUUUGAGUCUGAGGGAGGAUUUUCAGGUGACGAGCACAUGGAGGGGGACGGCCAUGAUGGAGAGUUUCUGUUUAUGAACGAGGAGACAAAGAGUCGCUUCACAGAGUACUCGCUGACUUCUUCUGUUAUGAGGAGGAACGAGCAGCUCACCCUGCUGGAUGACCGCUUUGAAAAGUUUUAUGAACAGUUUGAUGAUGAUGAGAUCGGUGCUCUGGACAACGCUGAGCUGGAGGGCUUCAUUGAACCUGACAGCGCCCGCCUGGAAGAAGUCAUCAAAGAUUUCUUCAAACAAAAAGAGAAGGACUCUCUGAGGCCUGAAGAUUUAGGUCCUAAAGAACUUCCUGUUGUGAAGGAGGAGGAAGAUGAGGAGGAAGAGAUGGAGACAGUUGUUAUAGAUGCUUCUCAAGAGAAAUGGGACUGUGAAACCAUCAUCAGUACAUACUCCAACUUGUAUAACAGACCUAAAGUCAUUAAAGAACCACCAAAGCCAAAGCCGAUCCGUGUGUCAAAUAAGACGGGCAUCCCUCUAGACGUCCUGCCCUCCAGGGGCCUUACAGCCAAGCAAGCAGAACGCAUGACGAGAAUCAAUGACUCUGACCUGCCGCGGAUGUCAACACAGGCCCGGAGCAAAGAGGAGAGCAAAGAGGAGAGGAAAGCGAGGAAGCAUGUCAUCAAAGAAGAACGGAAGGAAAGAAGAGUGGAGAAGAAAGCUAACAAGGAGGCAUUCAAGGAGGAGAAAGCACGACAGGAGAAGCAAAUGUUGAACUUAAGGACAAACAUUCAGGGCCUGAAGCUUUAGUUGCGGACUGCAGAAAGCCUUGAAACUUAACACCUUUAAAUAAAAUGACUGCUUUGGCCCAUGGAGAAUCUGGAUGAUUCCAGGAAAACCAAAAAACAAGUGACUGGUUGACUGACUAAACCAGAUACCUCAGGAGGAUUAAGUGUUUUAUCUGUGUCAAAAACAGGAUUUCUGUUGGAACAUUAAUUAAACUCCAUUCAACUGAACAACCA